CCCUGCUCCAUGCUCGCCGGGGCUUCCGGGGCUGGAGCGCGCCUGAGAGCCUCCGCGCCGGGCAUGGGGAGCCGCUUCCCGGGCGGCUGCGGCACGGAGGAGGAUGCUCCGGGCAAGCCGAGAGCUCUGCACGAGUGAAUGACAGGCCCAGCUCGUGGUGCCGUUUCUGAAGGGAGGAGCCUUUCUCUGGAGAGGGUCCUCAAUGAGCCUGGCCGCGGCCCGGGAGCUGUGUGAAGCGGACUAAGGGUUAAGUAGGAUGUCAGCUGAGACAGAACUUCAAGUAGCUGUGAAGACCAGCGCCAAGAAAGACUCCAGGAAGAAAGGUCAGGAUCGCAGCGAAGCCACUUUAAUAAAAAGGUUCAAAGGUGAAGGGGUCCGGUACAAAGCCAAGCUGAUCGGGAUUGAAGAAGUUUCUGCGGCUCGGGGAGACAAGUUAUGUCAAGAUUCCAUGAUGAAACUCAAGGGUGUUGUUGCUGGCGCUCGUUCCAAAGGAGAACACAAACAGAAAAUCUUUUUAACCAUCUCCUUUGGAGGAAUCAAAAUCUUUGAUGAAAAGACAGGGGCCCUUCAGCAUCAUCAUGCCGUUCACGAAAUCUCCUACAUUGCAAAGGACAUCACAGAUCACCGGGCCUUUGGAUAUGUUUGUGGGAAAGAAGGGAAUCACAGAUUUGUGGCCAUAAAAACAGCCCAGGCGGCUGAACCUGUUAUUCUGGACUUGAGAGAUCUCUUUCAACUCAUCUAUGAAUUGAAGCAAAGAGAAGAACUGGAGAAAAAGGCACAAAAGGAUAAGCAGUGUGAACAAGCUGUGUACCAGGUUCCCACCAGCCAAAAGAAGGAAGGUGUUUAUGAUGUGCCAAAAAGCCAACCUGUAAGUAACAGCGAGCCAUUCGAGGACUUUGAGGAGCGGUUUGCAGUGGCCAUGCCGAACAGAAGCCUGCCCAUGGACUUGGAUGAGAUGCUUGAGGCAGCAAAGGCUGUGACCCAACUAGAACUUUUUGGGGACAUGUCCACCCCUCCUGAUAUAACCUCUCCCCCGACUCCCGCAACUCCAGGUGAUGCCUUUAUCCCACCUUCCUCCCAAACGCUUCCGGCAAGCGCAGACGUGUUUGGUUCUGUACCUUUUGGCACUGCUGCUGUACCCUCAGGUUAUGUUGCCAUGGGCGCCGUCCUCCCGUCCUUCUGGGGCCAGCAGCCCCUCGUGCAGCAGCAGCUCGCCAUGGGUGCCCAACCGCCAGUCGCUCAGGUGAUGCCGGGGCCUCAGCCCAUCGCAUGGGGCCAGCCGGGGCUCUUUCCUGCCACCCAGCAACCCUGGCAGACUGUGGCCGGGCAAUUUCCUCCAGCCGCCUUCAUGCCCACACAAACUGUUAUGCCUUUGCCAGCUGCCAUGUUCCAAGGUCCCCUCACUGCCCUUGCCACCGUCCCAGGCACGAGUGACUCUGCCAGGGCAAGUCCACAGACCGACACGUCCAGGCAGAAAAUGGGGAAAGAAAUGUUUAAAGAUUUCCAGAUGGCCCAGCCUCCACCCGUGCCCUCCCGCAAACCCGACCAGCCCUCCCUCACCUGUACCUCAGAGGCCUUCUCCACGUACUUCAACAAAGUCGGGGUGGCACAGGAUACGGACGACUGUGAUGAUUUUGACAUCUCCCAGUUGAAUUUGACCCCUGUGACUUCUACCACACCAUCGACCAACUCACCUCCAACCCCUGCCCCUAGGCAGAGCUCUCCGUCCAAAUCCUCCGCAUCCCAUGCCAGUGAUCCGACCGCAGAUGACCUUUUCGAAGAGGGCUUUGAAAGUCCCAGCAAAAGUGAAGAACAAGAACCUCCUGAUGGAUCACAGGCCUCCUCCACCAGUGAUCCAUUUGGGGAGCCCAGUGGUGAGCCCAGUGGUGAUAACAUAAGUCCACAGGCCGGUAGCUAGAUAGUGCGGGUCUGGGAGCCGGAGCCUCUCUAUGCACAGAUCAACAGACCUAAGAAAUAGCGUCGAUGCAGGCUGAUGGUGGGUGUAUGGAGACUGGCAUGGAACAUGCAUCACAACAGGCUCUCUCGUAUUCUUCCACUUCCUCUCAUUCCACAAGGAAAUUCACAAUUGCCCAACGGAUCUCAUUUCGAAGAAGGAACAGCAUUUUUGGCAACCAGUGGCAGAUACAUAUGGCAGCACAAAGAA